GAACUGUUUAUGUUUCAAAAAUACAGAAGUUUUACUGACUCAAAACUGUUCAAAAGCUAAAAACCGCUGAGAAUGGGAGUGAAUUAAAAUGUUUCAAGUUUAUUAAACGUGUUGAAAGAACUUUAUCGAAGAACUGAAAAAACAGCGGACACGGUGAGACACCGUAUUAUUUGACGUUUCUCCGUGUAUGCGACGACAACGCUAAAGGAUUCUCCAAAAACACGGACCCUGCAUGAUGUUAUGAUACGGACGGGGCACCACUGAGCACUAGCUGCGUGUUACACCAUUAUUCGGGAGAUCACAGCUUAAGAGAUAUUUCACCGAAAUAAAAUAGUGAACACUGACUUGGAAAUAUAAAUUCGUGUGCAUUACUUAUAUGUUAUUUAUCAGAGACGGAUUUUUAUGUAUAUUAAGUGGUAAUAGAGGUUUGUUUUUUUACUCUAAGACAUCUUUAAUGUGGUUAGUGUUCGUAUCUCUGUGGAUUUGUGUGUUGAAUUAGGACUACAAAAAAACUUUCAAAAUGAUUAAUCCAUUCAUGGAAACACCGCAUACUCCUCACUUGCCGCCGGGUGCAAUGAAAUUAAGCCCACCGCAUCAUAUGUCGGAUGGAGGAAGUAUUCACAACCAGUUGAACCAGUAUGUGCCACAAACAAACGGAUACAGUGUCGGUGUUCCACCAUCACAUCUCUCAAGUUACGCAUCCCGGGAUUAUCUUCUACGCAGGGAUAUGGGGUUGCAGAGUCACGAAUCGAAUAGCAUGUUUAUACCGUCGUCGGGUAGCUACCACACCCCACACCACGACACAGGUAGCAGUCAUAUGUUAUUUCCAGGGAUUCACGACGCUACAUCUCACCCGGGUAGCCAAUUGAACAGCCAGAUGAGGCUCGGACUCACGGGUGCUGAUAUGUACUCAAGGGACCACUUUAAUCAAAUGUCAGCGCCUCGUACGGAUCACUUCGCCCAUCAGUCACAUUUUAAUUCUAUGAACCCGAUGAACGCUAUGAAUCAUAUGAGCAUGGGACCCCACGGCCCGGGGGCCUUCUUUAGAUACAUGAGACCUCCAAUAAAACAGGAACAUACGUGCUUAUGGCUAGACAAAGAUCAACCUGAACCCAAAAAACCGUGCAAUAAGACAUUCACUACAAUGCACGAGAUUGUUACACAUAUUACAGUUGAACAUGUUGGUGGGCCCGAGCAAACUGAUCACGCCUGUUACUGGCAGAACUGUCCAAGGGACGGACGACCUUUCAAGGCCAAAUAUAAGUUGGUGAAUCAUAUUCGUGUACAUACGGGAGAGAAGCCCUUCCCAUGCCCGUUCCCUGGGUGUGGUAAAGUGUUUGCCCGCAGUGAAAACCUCAAGAUACACAAAAGAACCCAUACCGGUGAGAAACCAUUCAAAUGCGAGUUCGAGGGUUGCGACAGACGAUUCGCCAACAGCUCCGACCGGAAGAAGCACAGUCACGUGCACACGAGCGAUAAACCAUACAACUGUAAGAUCCGUGGCUGCGACAAAAGUUAUACUCACCCGAGUUCGUUACGGAAACACAUGAAAGUUCACGGAAAAACAUCGCCAGUUCCGGAAGAUUACGAUUCGGAUGACGAUUGCCAUAGUAAUGAGGAGUCAAUGUCAAGCCCAACAGAUAUCAAACCUAUCUCGUCUGAAACCCCGACGCCAGUGAACACAAACACUCAAACCUCUAACCAAUCUAUUGCAUCUAGCCCUCCUUUGACAAUAAAUCCCCAUUCUAGUUUAGUUGAUACCCAGCCACAGACUAAAUUCAGUGAGUGGUAUGUAUGCCAGAGUGCCGCCGGUAUGCCGACACCACCCAGCAACGAGCAUUCACCGAUAGGUGGGUUAGGACUUGGUUCGCAUUCGCAUCACAUGCAUUCUCACCUCUCCGCAUUGCAUCCGCCAUCUUUAGUCCAGUACUCGUGAUAAAUGUGCGCAAAUAAUGCAUUCGUUAUGACAGGAAGGAAUAUUAUACACAUUUUAGUCGUGUUCAGUUUAAAGUAGGUCACGAGAACACCGGAAAUGACGAACAUUGGUGGAGCGUCUGACGUCAUAAGUGCUCAAUAAAAUCCAAAGUUAAUAGUAGUGAAGUCAAAUGACAUACAUUUGAUAAAACCAAGUCAUAUUUUGUGUUCAAUAUAAUUUGUUUUAAUAGCGAAAAUGCAUUAAAACAAUUUUCAGUACCAGUCAAUAACCUCGCUUAGUUGUAGACAUUUGACAAUUUUGUGGUCACGUGAUAGACCACGUGACUGUGUAUUACAAUGUACUGACUGUAAAACGUCACAAAGACGUAGUUGUCGUAAAAAGCAGGGCGAAACUUGACGCUAAAUUGGACCAUAAUUGGUUAUACAAACAUUAGCUUGGAAGUUAAGUAUCUUCAAUUUUGUGUCCUUCGUUACGUUUCUAUGGAAAUAAUGAAGAAAAUAGAGAACAAUGUGGUGAAAUGAUUGUCGUAAGUCUGUACAUUUGAGUGUAUUUAUGUUCAAGUUCUUUGAUGCAGUCACAAUUUCACUCUCUGCUAAUAAACUGAGAAUUUAAGUGUGCAAUUAUAUAAUAUUUGAUAAAGAGAAACGUUUCAAUUUGUCUGCCAGGUUGUGCUUGAUUAUUUAAUUACACUUAUGAGAAUAAUAUAUAAGGCAGACGCUUGGUUGUUUUCUUUUUUAUGUAGAGGAAUAUAGGCAGAAUAAGUUCUGAUUUCUUGACUAUUUUUUUUUGAAAGUAAAUAUAUUGUAUGUUACUAGAAUAUGUAGAUGCACGCGACUUAAAUAGGUUGAUUUUCAAGGCCAGUAUUCUAAAAUUGAAUAUCUUGUUCCGGUUUUUGCUUUAAGAAAAAAAAAAUAUUUUGUUGUUUACUUGGGGACAUUUUUUAAAUAUUGUAAAAGAAUACCAUUUUUCUCCCUUAAAUUUAUUUGAAUGAUAUAUAUAAUAUAUAUAGAGUGUUUUCUAGAUUAUUCAUUGACUUCUGAAAUCCAUAUGGUCUCUUUUAAUGAGAUGAUAUCUAUUUUGAAUGAGUUUUGGGCCCCCUGAUGUUUCUAUGUAUAAGAUAUGCCGUUUGGGCUCCACGGGUAUGCACCGAUACCCAGCUUUUUACUUGUCAUGGUAAUAAUUCAUUUCAUUUUCGGAUAAUUUAUCGUACUACUGUAGGCGUGAUGUUUUCCUAAUCCCUGAUAAAAAUUCUAUCCAUGAUUUUGUCAUUAACUAACAAAAAAUGUAAAUUUAUAAAUUGUUUAGUACUUUAUACAUUUUCGCUUUAUAUUAAUAGUUAAGUAUUGUAACAGAUGUGAUAGAUAAAGAAUUAAACACCAUUGUUUUGUUGAACCGUAUCUUAACCAUAAAAGUCUACUUAAGUUAACCCCAACAAUGCUCAUAAAGUUAAUUGAAAAUAAAUAUACUUUUUAAUGGAAAGAAACAAUAUAUAAAUGCAUAUCUAAUUAGCAGACAAGAAAUAUCUUUCAAGAUGAACAAAUUACAUUCACUAAAUAAUCGUCAGCUCUAGAUACCUUGUUUUAUGAAAUUAAAACAAAACAUGUUGUUUUUUAAUUAAAAGAAACAAAUGAAAGGAGAAUUUUAUUUUUGUUGUUAGAUAUUUGUAUUGAAGUUAUUUCAUAGCGAUAGUAAAAUAUGUCUUUUGUUCUUUUAGUUCUGUUAAGUUUGUUAAGUAGCAAAUUAUGUUUAUUGUUUGCUUUGAAACAAUAUCCAUUGUUUAUGUGAGACGUCAGACGAAAUGGGACCUAAAUACUAGUAAAAAGUUUACUAGUGCAAUAGUUUUAUAAACAAUAACUUUCUAACAAAGUAAUAAAAGCAAUAAUAUUCAACCCACGAUACAAUAUGAUUUUUUGUAGGUAUUAAUAUGAAAAUGUACAGCCCAACAUUACUUUUUGUAUGGUCCCUUUUUGUUUGGCGUCUCAUAGUGAUGAAUAUAUAUUACCGGUCAUGCAAAUGUCGCUAUAUCUUGCCAUUUAUAUGAUUAAUAUUGUAGGUGGAAUUAAUGUGCUAUGUAACAUACACACAAGUAAAAAAUAUAGUUUAUGAAUUGUUCUCCACGUACCUUUUUUGCCUUUUGCAUUUCAAAGAAAAAUGGUGACAUUAAUCUUGAACUACGUCUCUUAAAAUCAAUUUCAUAUUUUAAAAGAAUGUUGGCUUUUAUAAGAAAGCUUUAAAGGAAUACACGGCAAAAAAAAUAAAUUACACAAUUCAUAUAUACAUUUAACUUUAUUUUAAAGUUCUACGCAAGAUAUGCAACACUUCGUUGCUGUUUUUCCUUUUAAACAAGUCUGCAUCAUCA